AUGUUGAUAUUACAUAGUAGGGCAUGAGGGUAUGAUAAUAUGAACCUAGUCUUCUCCAUAGAUGUCCCCGGUACUACCAUAACAACUAGCCUAUAACAUACCAGUUUCUAAAGUAUUCUACCUAAGCACCCAUCCAUCCUAGUUCGAAGCUGUACAUCUCCAUCAGAAGAUAGUUCCUCCAAGACGGACAGUCUACUUCAGCCCCUUGCUCCAGUAAUAGACCCCCAGGAACCCAUCAUGGACUCCCCUAGCAAGCUCAAGCUCCUCGACCUACCAGUCGACGUCCUACUCCUCAUCUUCCCCUACCUCGACGCGAAAAGCUUCCUCUCCCUCUGCGCGACCUGCAAAGCGCUUCAAUCCCCCGAAAUCAUCGACGACGCCCCCUACUGGAGCUCCGCCACACGCACCACCUUCCGCGUCCCGAACCAGCCCGUGAUCGAGCACGACGGCCGCCGAUGGCGUCGCCUAUACCAGCGCAUGUUCACCCAGAGCCGCGUCUUUACCUGGGGGUCCAACGGCACCGGCGGGCUCGGCCAUGUCAACGAACUGACGGACCCCAACCAGCUGAGUCUGAGCGUCGCGAGGGGUAGGCGACAGAUGAGGUAUGGAGGGACGAGGGAUGCGCACUAUCCAAGGGAGAUGGACAAGACGCGCAAGCUGGGGAUCAUCGCGGACGUGCAGUGUGGGGGGUGGUCGACGACGUUGCUGAAUGAUAAGGGGAGGUUGUUCACGGCUGGAGAAAUUGACGGUGAGCGACGCCUGUCGGUGAUGCGUGGCGCGUCGACGGAUCUAAGGCCUUUGAAGUUCCCGUUUGAGGAAGAGGGGGAGGAGAAGUAUGUGCCGCGAAGAGCGAUUCGACAGUUCUCGGCGGGGAGGAAACAUAUUUUGGGACUCGCGGAUAGUGGGGCGACAUGGUGCUGGAGCGAGUUGAACAACAAUCCGGUGGAGAUUCGGUUCCUCUUCGAUGUUGCCAUGGAUCCGACCGGCAAAGGACUCGAUACGAGGCGCCAUGGCGCCGUGAGAAAGGUUGUGGCCGGCUGGGAUAAGAGCGCGGCGUUGAUAUCAGGGCUUGGCAUCAAAUGUUGGGAUAUCCGGCGACAGCCUGGAGACGGGGAGACGGUCGAUGCUAGAUUAGUCCCCGAUGAAUGCACGGUUCCCGAAACCCAGUUCCAACGACCGGAGAAGGGACGCGCAAACGAUUCCCCAUGGCCGGAACUGGCAGAUACCGUAGGUGAGGUACUCAACUUCAUCUUGUUGGAAGGAUACUUAGUCUUCAUCACCGACCUCAAGAAGAUCUUCGUAGCGAAGUUGGAAGGUAAUCCUACCAACGUUUCCCGCAUCAUCGAAAUCCCGGCGCUCUCCCAUCCGGAGGACUCAGAUGUGCCUUCAGCGAAGCACCUUCAAGGCUCAUUCCGGACCCUCGGAGUCAUCCUCGAGAACGGAGAAGUCCUAGUUGCCGAAAAUGUCUUGCUUGAAAUAUACUGGGACAACUCCAUCCGUCUCCUCAACCUCCAUCCCCCCUUCUCCAACCUCCCCCAACCCACCCGACCCGCCAGCCUCCAAAAACAAAACGUCAUCUCCCUCGCCUUCGCCGACUACCACUACCUCGCCCUCCACGCCUCUGGCGCCAUCACCCCCCACGGUGCCGAACCUCAAGGCACCGGCGCCCUCGGCCUCGGGCCCCUCGCCCCCCCUACCGGCCCCGCCCUCCUCCGCGGCCUCAUCCCAUCCCGCCCCCGCCAAUUCCGCUCCAAUGUCAUCCUCGCCCCCCCGUCCAACUCCCUCUCCCGCAAAAUCUGGUUCGACGCCCCCCGCCAGCGCUGGCUCGAAUUCAUGAACAACGGUGCCACCGACCCGGACACCAGCGCCGCCCGCGCCCCCUGGACGAACAUCAUGCCGCUGCCCAACGCGACGACCGAGGCGCAGCAGCGGGCGUUUCGGACGAUCGGCGCGGUGAGCGACUGGGUGGAGGCGGCGGGCGAGCGGAUCUUGCGGUGGGCGCUGGGGAACGCCGGCGCCGGGAAGGGAACGGCGGAGGAGGAUGGAUUGGCGAUGCAUUUUUCGCUGGCGGUCAGUGCCGGGGGGUGGCAUUCGGCGGCGUUGGUGCUGGUGAACGAGGAACAGGAGCGGCACGAGUACGCGCGAUGCGUUGUCGAGGAUCCGGAUUACUAUCGCCGGUAUCCCGCGUCGCCGGAGUCAUCCGCGCCGACGGCCAGCAAGGGCGGGGGUCGCGCCGAGGGUUCUUCCGCUGGCAGCGAUACGGAGAACGCGACUGCAGCGGCGCGACGAUGGGACGGCCACUCGGAAGGGGAUUCGGACAACGAUGAAGAUGAUGCGCGGGAUACGACGCGGUUUCCGGAGCCGGGGAAGAAGUACGUGUGGGCGGACGACCCGUUUCCGGUGUUUCCGGCGAGGGAGGGGCGGUUGACCGGGGAGACGGCGGAGGUGGAGCUGCCGGCGUGGUUGAGGGGGGAGUAGGUGUGGGAUCUGAUCGUUGGUGGGAGGUGGAUGGAGCAUGGAGGACGGAUGGGUUAUGGAUUGUUGGGUAUCCCCUCGAGCGAUGACCGGCGGUAUAACGAUUGGUUUACGCUGACCGAGAUGAAUAUUAUUGCAUGCUUGUUUGUUGUUAGGCAUCGUCCUUUCCGGUAGCCAUUGAUACGGAAGCGUGGUUGUCACAAGUGGUU